GCAUUCAGUCAACCACAACAGUUAGAUCCAGAAAGCCAUAUUCUUGAGGUGGCUAUAGAAGCAGCAGCAACUGAAGUUGUUAAUCUCAAGGACAGUUUAAAUGAAUGGGAUAGCAAAGUAGGCGAUGGUGACUGUGGGUCAACAAUGUUCAGAGGAGCAUCAGCAAUUCUUGAAGACAUGAAGAAGCAGGACUUGGCAACCACUACUUGUGCCAGUAUUGUUCAGAUUUGGUUGUUACUGUUUGGACCUGGUGCUUACAGUUCAGCAUUGGGACCCGGCAACCACUAUUGG